AGCCCACGAGAGGAAUCAUUUUUGGGUGUUUUGGUUUCGCUGAGUGUUCUGCUUCUGCACCACUUCACUAUCGUCGUCGCGGAGACUUGGAGAGAUUCGAGACUCGCGUCCCUGUGGUCUCUCUCUCUCUCUCUCUUACUCUGCGAUACUUUAUAAAAACCCAUCCAUCUAUCGCGCAUUACAGACGGUAUGUCUGACUAGGAUGAUGUGAGUCGAGUCGUGUAGUUCGUGUCUAGCCACAAUCCACUAUCGUUCAGUAGUAAUAAUUAGUAUACGUACUCGUAAAGUAAACCUAAACAGACUCGACAUCGCGGCAUUCGGCACCGAGAACGCAUUCUUUAUCGGACCGUGUUCGACGUUCGACGACGACGACGCAAUAGUUCCGUUUCCGGAUUUUACUCUCGUUAUCCGGAAAGAUACGUAGCUCGAUCUCGAUAUACACCAACAUCGCCAAGUAUUUCGCUCCUCUUCGUGUAUCCUAUUGUACGUAUUUAUCUUCGGUCAAUUUAUCUGCACUACCUACGACAGUAAAUCUCCCAGUCACAUUAUGACCAUAUCGAAACGGAAGAAAGUAAAAGGCGUUUUGAAAAAUUCGUUCACAUCUUUUCGCAACGCUAACGUCAAGAAAUCCCCGGAUACCGAACAAGCCAAACAGAACGGUGGAGCCGGCGGUGACGCUACGAAAUUACAAAUCGAAGAUGAAGAAACAUGUUUGAACUGCAUAAAAGAAAACAUCGUACAGCAAUUUACACAAAUGUCGAUACAGAAGAGACUCCCUUGCACGAAAUGGAUUCCUACUUACAGUUUAAGCUUCCUCGUACGAGACCUUAUCGCCGGUAUAAGUGUCGGACUGACCGCAAUACCUCAAGGAAUGGCUUACGCCAACGUCGCAGGCCUCGAUCCUCAAUAUGGAUUAUAUUCGACUAUAAUGCCGUGUUUCAUAUAUAUAGUAUUCGGAGGCUGUAAGGAUAUGACGUUGGGACCUACGGCUAUCAUGUCUUUGAUGACUUUUCCUUACGCAUCCAAGUACGGUCCACCAUACGCUAUAUUGUUGUGUUUCCUCAGUGGUGUUCUCAUCCUGCUGGCUUCAAUAUUCCGACUAAGUUUCCUCGUCGAUUUCAUUUCAUUACCGGUGACGACAGGUUUCACAGCAGCAGCUGCAUUGACCAUAGCUACAGCUCAACUGAAAAACUUUUUCGGAAUGAAUAUUCAUACCAGCGGCGUACUCGACAGUUGGAUAUCUGUGAUAAAAAAUAUGAAUAAUAUAAGCUGGCCCGAUACCAUUCUUGGAAUCGUUACCAUCGCUGCUCUUCUUCUUGGCAGAUAUGUGAAAAACAAAUCAGCCCAGUUGAAUGGCGAAAGAACCAGUCAGAAGGUGCUAUCUUAUUCUUUAUGGCUAGCUGGCUUAUCUGGAAACGCGAUUGUCGUCAUAUGUGGAACUUUACUCGCGUAUUGUUUAUCAACUGCUGGAUCGCUGCCGUUCAAGUUGACUGGUAAAGUUGGCAGUGGUUUGCCUCCUUUCGCCAUACCAUCGUUCCACACAGCGAAUGCCACGUUUGUCGACAUGGUCUCGGAUAUGGGUUCAGCUGUCAUUGCUGUACCUUUUAUAUCAAUCAUGGAAACCAUAGCUAUAGGAAAAGCUUUCGAAAAAGGAAAAGGUGUCGAUGCAACCCAAGAAAUGAUCGCGUUAGGUUUAUCAAAUCUAGCCGGUUCUUUCUUAGGAUCAAUGCCAAUCUCUGGAUCGUUCACUCGAAGCGCCAUUAACCACAGCUCCAGCGUGGUAACUCCUCUGGGAGGUUUAUUCACUGGUUUAUUGGUACUAAUGGCUCUUGGCUUCCUCACGUCUCUGUUUUAUUUCAUACCGAAAGCUACUCUGGCCGGAUUAAUCAUCGUAGCUAUGAUAUUUAUGGUUGAAUACUCGACGAUAUCGCUGAUAUGGAGGACUAAAAGACAAGAUUUCAUUCCACUGUGCGCUUCUUUCUUCGCAUGUUUGAUAUUUGGAGUCGAGCUAGGAAUGGUGAUCGGUAUAGCUGCAAAUCUCUGCAUAGUUUUGUACGGAGUAGCGAGACCUUCGAUGAAAAUAUCUUGGCUAACUGUUAACGAUACGCAGAAAGUAUUAUACAUUGUACCUAAACAAAAUUUACUAUUUCCAUCCAUUAAUCAUAUUCGAGAAUCGAUCAUCGACGAAUGUAAACAAAGAGACGAUUACAGUCCGGUGGUAAUCUGCGGAGAUCACAUAUACAAGAUAGAUUCCACUACAGCUAAGGGAGUACAUUCGUUAGUGGAUGACUUGAAAGCUAGAGGACAACGGUUAUAUUUAUGGAAAUGGAAUGACUCGCCGGUCCGAACGUUUACCAAUUAUAACGAAGAUCUGCGAUGGAUUCUACGAUACGAUGAAUCGAUAGAACAAAUUUUAAGCGAGCCUUCAGCAAGUAUUAACGAAGACGAAUCUGUCAAAGAAUUCUCAAACAAUAAUUCCAGUAACGAGCAGUUAACCCAAGUUCCUAUGACUGUAUAGUAUAAUUAUUUAAUAUUUAUUCCAUUCCUGUAUUCGAUAAGUAAAUUAUAACUUUGUUUACGUUUGUUU